UCCAGCGGUGACUCGUACACCCAAACGGGGUUCACCACCACUGGUACCGUACCAGCUGUGGGUAACCCACUGGGGAACCCUCCCUAUCCAGGUUGGACAUCGACCGGAGGCCAGAAUUGGGUGGACUAUGUCACGACGGUGGAUAACACCUCUCUUGUUUUGACGUAUAACUUAGCUUCAAAUUCGCAACUCAACGGUCAAGUUCGGUUGCUAACAUCUUGGGCAGGCGCUACGAUCUCCGCAGACCUAGUGGCGCCCUUCGAUCCUACCGUCCUCUCGCUCACGGAUCAGGUAAACCAGUUCCUGGAUAGCUAUGCUGCGAAGCCGUCGACUACGCCGUGGACGAGCGCGAGUACGCUAUUUUCGGUUUGGAUUGGGAUUAAUGAUAUUGGGAAUAGCUAUUACUUGGGUGGUGAUCGGGAUGCGUUCUCGGAUACGCUGUUAGAUGCAUAUUUCGCGCUUGUGGAGAAACUCGUGCGUCGCAUGGUUGGCGCGAGGAACUUUUUGUUCUUGAACGUCCCGCCGGUGGACCGGUCGCCACUGAUGCUCGCUCAAUCGACCUCGAGUCAGGCUCUCGAGAAAUCCGUGAUAGCUGGGUUUAACAGUAAACUUGUGGCUCGUGCUGCUGCUCUGGAGGCCAACUAUAGUUGUGUUAAAGCUUGGAUGUGGGACUCGAAUGCUGCGUUUACGGCGAUCCUGGAUGAUCCCACCAGUUAUGGUUUCCAGGAUGCGACGAGCUAUGGAGAUGGUGACGGUCUCUUUUGGCUUAAUAACCUUCACCCCACCAGCUACGCACAUGCGUAUUUCGGCCAGGACGUAGCAAAUGUCCUUGGAGGAUUUAUUUGAGGGGGGGGAGACUUCAUAGUAGUCGAUGUAACAUUUGAAUGGGCGUAAUACUUCCUCCUUCUCGAGUGCAAGUAUGUUAGCGUGUUAAAAAUUGGAGGGCACAAAUUAUUUGAUCACAAGAGUUCAGUGAUUUUCUAUGAAGAUAUACACGUCCGUGUCAGUUGUUACAUGGAUAUCUGAAUGAGAUCUGGAGGGUGGUUCCGGAGUGGGA